AUGAUUUGUCUUAACGAAGAACAACGAGCGGAUCCACGAUAUCUUGUUGGAUUCUUAUCAUUAAUUUUAAUUAUCUGUGGAAUGAUAAUGACCAGUGCAUUUGUAAUUAACAGAGUGUUUUUCCAACCUAAAUAUGAGUCAUCGCUUCCUCCCCUUCCAUUUGACUACGGGGAGUUCCAGCAGGAGAAGGAAAGAAUGAUUGCGGAGGCCAAACUGGAACACGCUAGGAUUGCCACAGACCCCAAACUACAAGAGGCAAGAAAAACUCUACUCAAAAGCUUUGAGACACUACCGAAAAACCUCUGGGACAAAUUCACACCAGAUCUCACAAGAUUCCAAGGAUAUCAAGAGUACCUCGCGAAGUUCCCUAACACCACGGGAACUUAUUUUGAAUUGUAUCUAUAUGGUUCACCAAGAUUGGAACGGAUUGAUAACAACCUGAAACAGGUGAAAAUUGUUUAUGAGACCAGAGGGGACUAUUAUACUCCAGCAUGCACUCUCUUUUCCGUUAUGUUAAAUGGCGGAGAUUUGUAUUUCACUUGUAAUUACGGCGGAGUUAAUGCCACAUUUGUGUACUAUAUUCCUGCGAAAUUUGUAUUGGAUCUUGUUAAAUAA